AAGAUGCUGUCUGGGCGACUGUACUGGGUGCCGCUCCUGCUGGCGCUGGGCGUGGGGAGCGGCAGCGGCGGUGGCGGGGACAGCCGGCAGCGCCGCCUCCUCGCGGCUAAAGUCAAUAAGCACAAGCCAUGGAUCGAGACUUCAUAUCAUGGAGUCAUAACCGAGAACAAUGACACAGUCAUUUUGGAUCCACCACUGGUAGCUCUGGAUAAAGAUGCACCGGUUCCUUUUGCAGGGGAAAUCUGUGCAUUCAAGAUCCAUGGCCAGGAGCUGCCCUUUGAGGCUGUGGUGCUCAACAAGACAUCAGGAGAGGGCUGGCUCCGUGCCAAGAGCCCCAUUGACUGUGAGUUGCAGAAGGAGUACACCUUCAUCAUCCAGGCUUAUGACUGUGGUGCUGGGCCCCGCGAGACGGCCUGGAAAAAGUCACACAAGGCCGUGGUCCAUAUCCAGGUGAAGGAUGUCAAUGAGUUUGCUCCCACCUUCAAAGAGCCAGCCUACAAGGCUGUUGUGACAGAGGGCAAGAUCUAUGACAGCAUUCUGCAGGUGGAGGCUGUUGAUGAGGACUGCUCCCCCCAGUACAGCCAGAUCUGCAACUAUGAAAUCGUCACCACAGAUGUGCCUUUUGCCAUCGACAGAAAUGGCAACAUCAGGAACACUGAGAAGCUGAGCUAUGACAAACAACACCAGUAUGAGAUCCUGGUGACCGCCUACGACUGUGGACAGAAGCCCGCUGCUCAGGACACCCUGGUGCAGGUUGAUGUGAAGCCAGUUUGCAAGCCUGGCUGGCAAGACUGGACCAAAAGGAUUGAGUACCAGCCUGGCUCCGGGAGCAUGGCCCUGUUCCCCAGCAUCCACCUGGAGAUGUGCGAUGGAGCCGUGUCUUCCCUCCAGAUCGUCGCAGAGCUGCAGACUAAUUACAUUGGGAAGGGUUGUGACCGGGAGACCUACUCUGAGAAAUCCCUUCAGAAGUUAUGUGGAGCCUCCUCUGGCAUCAUUGACCUCUUGCCAUCCCCUAGUGCUGCCACCAACUGGACUGCAGGACUGCUGGUGGACAGCAGUGAGAUGAUCUUCAAGUUCGAUGGCAGGCAGGGCGCCAAAAUCCCUGACGGGAUUGUGCCCAAGAACCUGACCGACCAGUUCACCAUCACCAUGUGGAUGAAACAUGGCCCCAGCCCUGGUGUGAGAGCCGAGAAGGAAACCAUCCUCUGCAACUCAGACAAAACCGAAAUGAACCGGCAUCACUAUGCCCUGUAUGUGCACAACUGCCGCCUCGUCUUUCUCUUGCGGAAGGACUUCGACCAGGCUGACACCUUUCGCCCCGCGGAGUUCCACUGGAAGUUGGAUCAGAUUUGUGACAAAGAGUGGCACUACUAUGUCAUCAAUGUGGAGUUUCCUGUGGUAACCUUAUACAUGGAUGGAGCAACAUAUGAACCAUACCUGGUGACCAAUGACUGGCCCAUUCAUCCAUCUCACAUAGCCAUGCAACUCACAGUCGGCGCUUGCUGGCAAGGAGGAGAAGUCACCAAACCGCGGUUUGCUCAGUUCUUUCAUGGAAGCCUGGCCAGUCUCACUAUCCGCCCUGGCAAAAUGGAAAGCCAGAAGGUGAUCUCCUGCCUGCAGGCCUGCAAGGAAGGGCUGGAUAUUAAUUCCUUGGAAAGCCUUGGCCAAGGAAUAAAGUAUCACUUCAACCCCUCGCAGUCCAUCCUGGUGAUGGAAGGUGAUGACAUUGGGAACAUUAACCGUGCUCUCCAGAAAGUCUCCUACAUCAACUCCAGGCAGUUCCCGACAGCGGGUGUGCGGCGCCUCAAAGUCUCCUCCAAAGUCCAGUGCUUUGGGGAAGACGUAUGCAUCAGUAUCCCCGAGGUAGACGCCUAUGUGAUGGUCCUGCAGGCCAUCGAGCCCCGGAUCACCCUCCGGGGCACAGACCACUUCUGGAGACCUGCUGCUCAGUUUGAAAGUGCCAGGGGAGUGACCCUUUUUCCCGAUAUCAAGAUUGUGAGCACCUUCGCCAAAACUGAGGCCCCCGGGGAUGUGAAAACCACAGCCCCCAAAUCAGAAGUCUUAGAGGAAAUGCUUCAUAACUUAGAUUUCUGUGAUAUUUUGGUGAUUGGAGGGGACUUGGAUCCAAGGCAGGAGUGCUUAGAGCUCAACCACAGUGAGCUCCACCAACGACACCUGGACGCCACUAAUUCUACUGCAGGCUACUCCAUCUACGGUGUGGGCUCCAUGAGCCGUUAUGAGCAGGUGCUACAUCACAUCCGCUACCGCAACUGGCGUCCAGCUUCUCUUGAGGCCCGGCAUUUCCGGAUUAAGUGCUCAGAACUCAAUGGGCGCUACACUAGCAAUGAGUUCAACUUGGAGGUCAGCGUCCUCCAUGAAGACAGAGUCUCAGAUAAGGAGCAUGUCAACCACCUGAUUGUGCAGCCUCCCUUCCUCCAGUCUGUCCAUCAUCCUGAGUCCCGGAGUAGCAUCCGGCGCAGUUCAGUGGUCCCAAGCAUUGCCACGGUGGUCAUCAUCAUCUCCGUGUGCAUGCUUGUGUUUGUCGUGGCCAUGGGUGUGUACCGGGUCCGGAUCGCCCACCAGCACUUCAUCCAGGAAACUGAGGCUGCCAAGGAAUCUGAGAUGGACUGGGACGAUUCUGCGCUGACUAUCACAGUCAACCCCAUGGAGAAGCAUGAAGGACCAGGGCACGGGGAAGAUGAGACUGAGGGAGAAGAGGAGGAAGAAGCAGAGGAAGACAUGAGCUCCAGCAGUGGCUCUGAUGACAGCGAAGAGGAGGAGGAGGAGGAUGAAGGGACGGGCAGAGGCAGACAUGGGCAGAAUGGAGCCAGGCAAGCCCAGCUGGAGUGGGAUGACUCCACCCUCCCCUACUAGAGUGCCCAGGGGUCUGCUGCCCGGCCCACAUGUCCCUUUGGUAAACCCUGACCCAGUGUAU